AUGGAUGUGACCUUCUCCUGCAGCGUUCUGGGGUGCUCAAGGCUGGAGACUGCUCCUUCCACCAAGCCAGGAAAUGCAGUUAGUUCCUGCUGUUGGCAACUACCUAAUAAAAUAAAGAGCCUGAACUUACAGUGAGGCACUUCUUCCAAGACCCUACAUCCUUUCUGUGGCUCUUCUUCAGGUCUUGGUUAUCCCCUCCGAGAUGUAAGCAACCAUACUCUCUUCCUACUUCCACUGCUUGGGAUAAAACCUCCCCUGGGAUUUGCUGGCUAGUGCAGGCAGAGAGGGUGCAGCUCCUCCAGCUACAGCAUCCCUUGGGUACCAGAGCUCUUGAGCAUCAAGUCUGUUUCCAGCUGCAGCUUUCCAAGCUACCAGCUCAGCUCCCUCCUCUACAAGCUGGACUGAAAUGCUCCAGACCUCCAUGGAGGUGUGUGGUGGGGCCAGGCAUGUUCCUGGGGAUGAAGAAACAUGGGAAGGAGGGCAGCCGGGAGGGUGAAGAGUGGAACUGACAGACUGUGAGGAACCAGCAGCCUCAUCUCCUGAUGCACAGCCAUGGCAUGAAAGGGUGCUUCAACACCUGGGUCUCUGCAACAUGAUAAAAGGUGUCCUGACCCCUCCUCUGCAUUUACCCAGCAAACUGCUUUGACAAAAUACCCAAAGGCUGUGAGUGGGCCAGUAACCUUAACCUUCUCUUUGGGAAACCGGAAUAACUGAGCCACAAAGAUUUCAGGAAUGCCUCCCCAUGUGCUCGGCAGAGCAGGGGCAGUGCCCCUACACGCCGCCGAAAGAUGCUCUCGCCUCAGAUUUUCACUUGCCCUUCUGGAAGCCUGGUCAAAUCAUGCGGGCUUCUAAAUCAAACCCACCACUUUUGUUUAAAGUUUGUCAUACCCAGUGAUGAAAUGAUGAUGGAUUACUUCAUUGUGGUUGCCAGGAUUCUUUGUCCAAACACACAAUAGGGAUAUUCAUUUACUGCUCUGACUACGAAUGCUUUUAUCCUCCUUAUAUAGUAACAUCUCUGCACCAAAGGGUGUUUCAUUUGUCACUGACACACUUCAUCCUCCCAGCUCACAACCUGCAGCUGGCAGGUUAUUCAUGGGUACCCUGAGCUUCUCUGAUUUAUUAUCAGCCUUUUCCAACUGAUACCACCCUUUCUGCGCCUCCGGCCACCCCACCCUGGUGGGCACCGCAUUGCUCUGGGCAAUAUAAGAGGGCUGGGGUGACUCUCUGAUGGGGAGACGGGAUGAAAAGCAGGAGCUGUUCCCUCAGAAGGAGAGCACGAGCUGCAGGAUGGGGAUGCAAUUGGACAGGGAGUGUGCCUGGAACAGCAGUGCGAAGUGAUUAUGCCUUCAAAUCUGAAGGUGGCGAAUCCAAAGCGGAUAAAAGGAAGCAUUUUUUUUCACUUCAUGCUUAAUUAGGCUGUCACAGGAAAACACUCAGGCCAAAAUUUAGCAGGAUUCAGGGAGGAAUUGGGCAUUUAUGGGGAUAACAAAAAUAUCCAGCUAUAAUAGCGGAUGCCAACACAAAUUCUGGAAGGGAUAUUAAGCCUCACGCGUCAGGGUGUAAACCUAUCCCAAACUUUCAGAAAGCAGGGAGCUUAAUGCAGGAGCAGAUAACCCACAUGUGCUACUGCUACUGCCACCGCCUCGCUGUGAGCAUGGCCCUGCACUGGCUGAGAUGCUGGCUGGACCAUGUCUGGAGCCCCGUUUCCUGCAGCUGGCAGCACCUCUGACAAGAGCUGUGAAUUUCUCUUGGCAAUUCAGCCCUUCUCGUGUAGUACCCCUGGGCUACGUGGCUCCCAGGGGCUCUGACCUCCUCCAUCUCAUCCAUCCUCUUGCUUUGCCAGUUGAUAACAGUCUUAUCACUUCAACGCAGAGACAGCCCCUCUGGAGUAAGGGUCGGUGCAGACCACGAGCAUGUCCUUGGGUGUUGUGGCAUCUUUCUUCUUCCAGCCAAUCCCCACACUUCCCUCACAGAUUGUUUGUUGCCCAAAUGCACUUUCACCACUUGAUCUCAUCCCUCCUGUUUCUCCUGGAGCCAAUUUCUGGCCUACGAAAGUGGCUGCUCCAUUCUGGCGUCUCAUGGGUGCUGCAUGUUCAGAGUCGUGGCCCUGCUUUCAUGACCAGGGCCGUCUCACCCAUCCUCUUGCUUUGCCUGCUGAUAACAGCCUUGCCACUUCAACCCAGAGAUAGCUCCUUGAGUAAGGGUCUGUGCAAACAAUGGGCAUGUCCCUGGGUGUUGUGGCAUCUUCCCACAGCUUCUUGCUUCCAGCCAAGCCUCUCAUUUCCCUCGAAAGUUACUUGUCGCCUAAAUGCACCUUCGCCUACUGAUCUUACCCCUCCUGUUCCCUGUUUCUGCUGGGGCUGAUUUCCAGCCUCCAAAAGUGGCUGCUCCAUUCUGGUGUCUCAUGGGUGCUGCACGUACGCAACCCUACUUUCACGAGCACCGUGCAGAUAAGCCUGGGAUUGUGGCUUGCACAGAGCCUUCCUCACCCACUCCACAUCAGUGGCAAUCACCGCAGUACCUGCUUUUUUGGCUGAAAAAAAGCGACUGCCACCCCCAGCCAGUGUGUGGCCCACGGGCUACAGCCCAGGCUGGGGCGAAACUCCAUGCUGUGGUACCCAGGAGCUGGGUGAUAGCACCUCCAUCUCCACCAAGGACGGUGCCAUUGCAUCCCACACUGGUUGUUAACGGGAUGCCUGUGCUGCUCUAGUUGCUGCAAGAUGGGACGCUCUUGAGGUCCUGACCACUGUGCAAGGUCAGAGAGAGCUCAGCACGACCCCCGGGGAGCCUGGAGCUCUGACGUUCCAGGGCUAGGGGCUCCCGUGCUUGCCGCUUGUGUGCUCACCACCUUGCCAAGGGCAACCCUGCUGGGGUCCUUUGGAUCUCCUCUCGCUGCGGAGCCUUGCACCCACAGGGGCUUCCAACUGGAGACAUUUCUGGAGGGCAUGAAUCAGCUUUUCACAGCUUGUUAAAAAUCUUGAUCCUACCUCUUGUUUUCAUGCCUUUCAAAUCAGGAAAUGAGUUUUACAACUUUUCCAGUGGGGCACAGCUGGUGGCCAGGGUCGUAAAGCUGAACUUUAUAAAUAUCUCUGGUUGGGAUCAGGGGAAGAGCAUUAAAAAGGCAGAGAGAGAGACAGAGAGAGAGUGAGAGAAGGGACAAGAGUGAAGGCAAUAGAGAAGUAAGGCAACCUCAGUGAAGAAACCCAGCUCAACGCCAGCCAUGGCCAUCAGAGCACAGAAGAUGGGGUGUGCCUGGGGCAGGGUUUGCCUGCUGCUCUCUCUCAUCCUCCAGCUGCCUGGCUCCCAGGCCAAAUGCUACUUCCAGGCUAAAGCUCCAUGUGAGUACGAGGGGAAGCAGUUUUCCCUGGGGGAGUCGUGGCUGAGCACCAACUGCCUGCUCUGCACCUGCCUGCACCCCAUUGGUGUGGGCUGCUGCGAGACAACCCAGCACCCCAUCGACUUCCCCGACUGGUGCGAGGCCCACUACGACACGCAGACCUGCCAGAUCUCGGUGGUGCAGAAGGCCAACCCCAGCCUGCCCUGUGUGAAGAGCAUGGAGCACGAGUGGGGCUCAUCUGGCACCCCUGAGCCACUGAUCAACAAGGUGCUGGGCGCGGGGCUGAGCAGAUAAGAGGCUUGG